GGUCACACUGCUGUAUAUACAAAAUUCAUUGAUUUUGUCAACGUAAAAAACAGAGCCAGCGCAUAGCAGCACACAGCAGCGAAAUAUUAAAGUGAAGUUAACUGAAUUAGAAACACUGGUGGGGCAAGUGCAUGGUAGCAGCAAUGAAAUCGAUGUGAACAAACUGGGCCGCGAGUAGUUGCACUGCCAAUCAGAACUCUGCUCCCAAUCAGAAGAAAAGAGAGAGAAGCGCGAGAGAAAAAGGCAUACGGGUGCAAAAGGAAAAGCAAAAGGCAGAAAAAACGUACAGAGCAAUAGCAAAAGCUGGGAAAAAUGCAAUAGGGAGAAAAUCAAAUAAAAUGACAAUCGUUUUUCCACACUAACGUAGACGCAAAAGGCGCCGCGGCCGGCCGUAAAAUGCCAAGGAACACUUGCGGGCCAAGUGGAUGCGUAGCUAACGGUAACGGCAACGACAACGGUAACGGUAACCAGGACGACAACCAGGAUGCCAGCAACGAGAGUGGUGUCGGCGGCAUCGUCAAGCAGGAGUUCGAGGCAGCGCCACCCGUCUGCCACAGGAAGUCGGAGCGCCGAAGAGUAGCCCGCGACAUCUUUCUGGUCUUCGAGGAGCAGCCGACCCGACGUCGUGGCAAAGGAGCGCGCGGCAAGAACUCGCGGGCCAAGCGAAAGUUUGGCCACCUCAAGGUAGCGAACACCCCGCGCAUCAACAAGAACAUAUUGCGUGAGAUCAAAACAGAACCAAAGUGCAGCAGCUCCGUUGUGGCAGAGCCAGUGACAGUGGUGCCACCUGCAGUGCCGCCACCGCUCGCUCCAGCGCCGCCUUUUUCCCUGCUGCCCGCUGCUGAGGGGAUCAAGCAACCAGCCGAGGAGCCACUGCCGCUCCCCCAUCCUCGAGUGGCAGCAGUGAAAAUUGAAACCAAAACAGCAGCAGCAGCAGCAUCGAAUGCAGCACCAUCUAGAGUCCGAACAGAGCCGGCUCCGCCCACGGAGCGGAGGAAGGAGGAGCAUCAUCAUUCAGCAUCAUCAUUGCCGCCAGCUGCUGCCCAUCGUCCUGUUUAUGCUCGCAACCCUGCUCCCGCUCCCGCUACCGUUCCUACUAAUCUUCCCACUCCCCCUACGACGCCCAGCGUCAAUCCCAUUUUCCUGUGGGUCAAGCAGGACGACACCAGAAUCGUGGAGGUGCGCUGCGAGGACUACGACAAGAGGAAUCGCAUUCGCCUCACCAAGACCACAAAUGGCUGGCGAUCCAUGCCGCGCACAGAUGCCUCCUCCACGAGGAUAGUCAAAUUCUUCCACGGCUCUGCCGCACCCUUGAUGAAGGUCAAACGUGAGCAGCAACACGAACAGCAUCACGAAAACGAACUGGAGCACGAACAGGAACAGGAGGAGCAGGAGCAGGAGCCAGAGCUGGAGGCCGAGCAGCAGCAGCCGCAGCAGCAGAUGCCCAUGCCCACCAUUGCUCAGAGUCUCCUGCACGACUGGGAGGACAGUGGUGCCACUCAGCUGCCAGAUGAGUUGGAGGACAGUGAAGAACAGGAGGAGGAGGAGCAGCAGGAGGAGCAGGAGCCAGACCAGCAUGACAAUCUGGCUGCGGUGAUUGAGGAUGUUGUGGUACGACCAGCUGCCAAGCAGUCCCAGCAGUCCCAACAGGCAACGACGCCCACGUCCACGCCCUGCUUUGAUGGCCUGCUCCUCGAUGGCGAGGAAACAAACGCCUCCACAAAGGCAACCAAGACCAACACGCCCACAUAUCAGAGUUCCACGCCCUCGCCCAUGGAACUGCAGCUGUGCCCCAAAACGGGUCUGUUCCUGCCUCAGGGCCAACUGGCGGCCAUAGCCAUGGCCGCCUCAGCCCCAGUUGUGUCCAGUGAGGCGGACAAGUCCUCGGCAGAGAACGGAGUAGGAGUUGUAGCCGAUACCGUCGAGAGUCUCGAUUGCAAUACAAAGAAUCUAAAAGAUCUGCUGGACGAUGCCGAUGAUCUGCUCCAGAACUGCAGCAGCGACAAUGGCAGCAACGGGGCCGAUCUGCUCGACUCCCUGGUGAAGAGAAGCUGCGAGGACAACCUGGUGCAUGCGAGUGGCCCAGCCAAUGGUGGGUCCACAUCCGUGGAAGGCGACGUCACAACGGCCGGCGACGGUUUGGGCUCGUUCUGCGUGGCCGAUCUGGGCAAGGACCUGCCCAGCAUGCUGCACAUGGACAAUGACGAUGAUGAUGCACCCAAGUGCCUGUCCUUCAACGAGGCCGGGGAGAUCGAGGGACUGAACGGUGAACUCUUCCUCGGCAUUGCGGCCUUUGAGAAACAGCAGGAGGAGAUGGCACGCACGGAGCAGCAGCAACCGACAACGCCCGCCACCGUGGAGCUGACACAGACACCCACACCCACACCGACGCCGACGCCACCGUCGCCGGAGAUGGAAAAACAAACAGCGGCCACCGGCUCUGCCUCUGCCUCCGCCGAUGAAGCGCCCAAGGAUCUGAGCUACAAGAAGCGCGAGGAGGUGUGUCCGCCAUCGGAGUCGCGCAGCCAGUGCGCGGUGACCUCCAGCUCGGAUAUACUCAAGUCGCCCGAGCGGGAGCUGCAGCUGCCGGUCAACUCGAUCCCAGCGGAGGUGGAGACCACCUCGGAGACGAUCAAAAAUCUCAUUUUGGAGCAAUUCCUCAAGCUGAACAGCAACCAGCAGCAGCAGGCACAGCAGGCGGAGCCGAUGGAUCUAGGCAAGGCGGGUCGGGAGGGCAAGCUGGAGACGGUCGUUGUCAUCCACGACGACGACGAGGAGGAUGGGGAGUCCAACCAGCCGCUAAAGAAGCGAUCCAAGGCCAGCAUAAAGAUGGACAAGGAUCCGGACGCCCUCACCCAGCUGAAGAUGCUAAUCAGCAAUCCGCAGUGGAAGGUGCCCGAUCCGAUACUCGUGCCAAAGGAUCGACUGGGUGCCGUGCUGGCCUCCCCGGCCCGGGAGAUUCCCCUGCUGCUGACCACCAGGCCAGAGCUACGGCUGCCCGAGGCCUUUGCCUACCCGGAGAUCAUCCAGAACCCCAACAUCCUGGUGGUGACCAUGGAGCAGCUGGAGGCUAUACUGAAAACCGAGGCGGAACAGGCAAAGGCCGCCCAGAGCACCGAUCCAUCCCAGAUGCUUGCUGACCAUCAUCCUCCCUUGAGCAAGGCCAGGAGCCCGAGUCCGAGCCCGAGCCUUAAGCACUCGCAGACACACAAGGCACAGGCGCAUGUGCCUGCGCCUCCGUCUCAGCCAAAGCCACCGGUGGUGGGUGCUCCUGUGGCACCCACUCCCCCCUCGCCAGCCGACUCCAGCCUUUCGACGUCCACAUCCACGGACUUGAAUGCCACCACCUUGGCCCUGCUGCAGCAGAUGCUGUGGCUUCCCUACUUCGGACAGCUGUCGCAGGAGCUCUUCAAGACGAUCAAGGAUCCCCUGGGCAUGCAGAGGAAGUUCAUGAGCAACCUGCUCCCGCUGUACAACAGCCAGUUCGGGCUGCAACACCUCGACGAGCUCUACAAGCACUGUCUCAAACAGAAGGCAGCGGGGGAGCAGCCGACUGUGUCCAGGGUGUCCACUCCAGUGGCGGCGACGGUCGCGGUCCCUCACCCUGCGCAUCCUCAUCCGCCUGUGGCUGUAGCCCCGCCGGUUCCCCCCGCAGCAGCUGCCACGAAUUCCUUUGGGGUAAACGGCUUUGCCAAUCCCAUGGAGCUGGCCAUCAUGCAGAAGUUGCUGCAGCCACAGAUGCCAAAUUUUUCCAACUGGGAGGCCACAAAGGAUGCGUCUGUGUCUGGCUCGGCCUCAUCUUCCUCGCAUCACCAUCAUCACCAGGAGCACAAGCGACCCCGCCGGGAACCCGAGUCCAAGGCAAGUGCAGGAGCAGUUGCUGUCGCUCCUCCUCCUGCUCCCGCAGUUCCUUCUCCAGCUCCAGCUCCUGCUCCGGCUCCGGCGGAGCACAAGCCACGACUGACGUGCAAAUCCCUCUCGAAUCUGCUGGAGCCAGAGCCCAUUGUACCGCUGCUCAAUGUACCAUUCGACAGCCUGCGUCGCACAGCAGCGGCAGGGCAUGGAUCCAAAACGGGGUCGGAGCAGCAGCAAUCCAAGGAGCCGAACCCUGGACGCCUGCUACGCUCCAGCAAGGCGUGCGUCACCUACAAUCCCCUGGAGCAUGUCAAGCAGCAGAUUCAGCAGCAGCAACAACCACAUUCGCAGCAGCGAAAGCGUGCCACGAGCAAUAUGCUCGGCCAGGAUGCCCACCAGCAGCAGCAGCAGCAGCAAUUGGCUGAGGCUGCUGCAGUGAAUGCCAGUGCGGGAGGAAUGGAUGCCAACUCUGCGCUCUGGCAUCCACUAUUCGGAAGCAAUCCCAAGCAGGGCUACAACAGCCCCUGGCAGUGGACGACAGUGACGGCUACCGGCGAAUGACAGUCAAGUCGGGCUCCCAAGGAGCCAGCACCUGCAUCGGUCGCACGGACACCCAGCUACGAGGAGCAACAGCCGGACUACAGCAACUACCAUGCGAAACUGCAGCAACUGCAGCAGCAGCAGCAGCAGCAUCAACAUCCACCAGCCAAUAAUCAAAACCACAGCAACAGCAACAAUAGUAGCAACAAAUUUUGUUAUCCCACGGCAUCGGCGUCGGCCAUGGAGAAUAUGUUCCAGAACAAUCAGAUGGCGGCAGCCGCCGCCGCCCGCGAGACCCUGCUCAAUUCGUAUCUCUAUCAGAAGGAGAGCGGAGCAGAGCCACCCGCCAACUAUAUGUCGGAGCAGGGCUACUGGCAACAGCAACAACAACAGCAGCAGCAGCAGCAUGCGCAACAGCAGCAGCAACUUCAUCAGCAGAAGCAGCAUCUCCUCCACCAGCAGCAGCAGCAGCAGCAGCAACAAUGGACUGGCAAUGGAAGCAGCAGCAACACCAACAGCCAGAGGAACAACAACUAUGCCAACAAUUAUGCGGCGGCGGCAGCAGCUUCCAUGUACAUGCAACACUUCAAUCCCUACAUGCAGCAAAAGGCAGCACUGCUGGCGGAGAAGGCUGCCCAGGCGGCGGCUGCAGCAGCAUCGUCGGCACAGGGUGGCAACGGCAGCAAUAAGCACGGACGAUUUGGUGGGGACUACGGUUAGACGGCUUUAUAUGGACAGAUGGAGCCUACCUACCCACAUAUGUAGGUGCUCGAUCGGAACUCUUGCAUAUUACACAUAAA